AUGUCCUACAUGAGAGCAGACAGCAGCCGUUCCCAGCCGCGGGACUUCAGCAGCCUCAUCCAGACAUGCAGCUCCAACAUCCAGAAGAUCAGCCAAAACACUGGCCAGAUCAAAAACCAUGUCCAACAGCUGGGGACGAGACAGGAAACCCCCGAACUUCAAGAGAAGCUCCAACAGCUCCAGCACUACACCAACCAGCUGGCUAAAGAAACCAACAGACACCUGAAGGAGCUGGGCUCACUACCUCCAUCACUGUCUCCAUCAGAGCAGAGGCAGCAAAAGCUCCAGAAGGAGCGUCUGAUGAACGAUUUCUCUGCAGCCCUCAACAACUUCCAGGUGGUGCAACGGAAGGCAGCAGAGAAAGAGAAGGAGUCAGUGGCCAGGGCUCGAGCUGGAUCCAGGGUCAUGGGAGAUGGAGGCAAUGUGGAUGAACAGCUGGUUACAUUUGAAAAGGAGGACGAGGUGAGUCAGAGCCAGACUCAGAUUGAGGAGCCGGGCUUCACUGAGGAGGACCUGGAGAUCAUCAAGGAGAGAGAGACCAACAUUAAACAGCUGGAGGCCGACAUUAUGGAUGUGAACCAGAUCUUCAAGGACCUGGCUGUGAUGAUCCAUGACCAAGGAGAGAUGAUUGACAGCAUCGAGGCCAACGUGGAGAGCGCUGAGGUCCAUGUAGACAGAGGCGCUGUCCAGCUUCAGAAAGCAGCUUAUUACCAGAGGAAGUCCCGUAAGAGGAUGUGCAUGCUGGGCAUGGUGCUGACGCUGGUCCUCGUCAUCCUGACCAUCAUCAUCUGGCAGGCACUCAAAUGA